AGAAGUAUAGAUUGCCAGAGCGAGUGCGGCACGAACUCAGUCCUCCAGCGAGCUCCACCGAGGACUUGUUGAUCCUGUGAAAGCCGCCGAGAAGUACCCUGGUCUCUUCCUGGUCGAGAGGUGUGACGGCGUUCCGGACGAGCUGAUCGUUUUAGCGCCGAAGAUCAGUACACCUCCAGCGGCAUGAACGCGUGUGCGGUGAUUACGCUGGUGCUGGUGGCGAACACAGCGUAUAUCGGCGUCGAGGCGUGGGGUGGCCUCUUCAACCGCUUCAGCCCCGAGAUGCUGUCCAAUCUCGGUUACGGCGGUCACGGCAGCUACAUGAACCGUCCGGGGCUAUUACAGCAGUCGCUUUCGGACGGAUACAACGGCAUGUAUGGGGAAGGUGCAGAACCCACGGAGGAACCUUGUUACGAGAGGAAAUGCGCGUACAACGAACACUGUUGCCCAGGCACCAUCUGCAUGAAUCCCGAUGGAGUUAUCGGAACGUGCGUCGAUGACCUUGGAAUGAAACAAGGCGAGCUGUGCAGGCGGGACAACGAUUGUGAGACCGGCUUAAUGUGUCAGCAAAUUCCAGGACGCGACGCGAGAUCGUGUCAACCGCCGUUGACUUCGAACAAGCUGUAUAACGAGGAGUGCAACAUGUCGAACGAGUGCGACAUCAGCCGCGGACUGUGCUGUCAGCUACAAAGACGACAUCGGCAAACACCCAGGAAGGUCUGCUCGUACUUCAAGGAUCCCCUGGUCUGCAUCGGCCCGGUGGCGACGGAUCAGAUCAAGUCCGUGAUCCAGUACACCUCCGGCGAGAAACGCAUCACCGGACAGGGCAACCGGCUGUUCAAGCGAAUGCCGCCGUUCGCCUAAACACUCCGCUCACGUACCUGACGGCACGACGAAGGGGAAGUAUACACUGAUAAGCUACAAGAAAAUCAAAUCCUCCUUUAGUCGUUGUGAAGAGUACCUAGACUAAGUCUGUCGACUCGACAUUAUCUCAAUUUCCUUUCUAAUCCUGACACAUACACACACACACACACACACUGCUCCAAGUCAACGAUACAUCGGGAAGUACAUAGGCACAUACAUAUAUACACACAUACACACACGUACAUGCACACACACAUAUAUAUGACAAAGAGCAUAAGAGCCAUGCGACGAGAAGUGAGACUAAGUGUUACCUCGGGGAAUAAAGACUCGCGCAUGGCGCGAUGCGCCUUCGAGGUUGUUUCUUCCUCGAAUAGCGCGACUGACAAAAGUCUAGCACACAUAUCAUAGCAGCCCGUCUCGUAGGUCUCUAAGGAAUAAGGGACACGCUAGCGUAAUGAUAAGGAAGAGCGCCGUUCGACGAAGGUGUUUCUUAAUGAUUUUUAAGGGUAAGGUACACAUAAUAUGUGGGCCGUUUGUGUGUGAGAGAGAGAGAAAGGGAGAGAGAGAGAGA